CCUCCCGCAGCGAGCGCCCGCCGCUUUGCGGGGGCCCGGCCUCCCGCUGCGCGCGCGCUCGGCAUGCGGCCCGGCCUGCGGCCGCAUGUGGCGCGCCGAGCCGCCCCGGGCCGCGCGCGCCCCCGCGGCGCCGGGGUCGCCGACCCGUCCGCGCGGAGGCGCGUCUGUGGGCGCCGUGAGCUCGGUACGCUGCUGGGCGCCUGCGCCUGGCGGCUGCGCUGCAGUGGCCGGGGGAUGAUCCUGCCGACGGCGUCGACGAGCAGCCCCCAGAGGCCGAGCCGACGGUACUACCGCGACUUCCUCGAGCUGCUGCCCAGCAUGGAGGGCAAGGCGGUGGUGGUGACCGGCGCAUCGAGGGGCCUGGGGUUCGUGACGGCGCUGGCCGUGGCCGGGAAGGGGGCCUCCGUCUACAUGCUGAGCCGCAAGUCGCAGAGGUCCGUCGACGCCGUGUCCGAGGUGUCGGCCGCGGCCACGGGCGCGGCACCGCGGUUCGUAGAGUGCGACCACCUCGACUUCUCCAGCGUGCGGGCCGCCGCCGACGAACUCAAGGCCGAGGCAGCGGCCGGCAUCGACGUGCUGUGCUGCAACGCGGGCGUCAUGCUCCAGCCCGACCUCCCGAGCAAGGACGGCUACGACGUCACGAUCUCCACGAAUGUGCUGUCCCACUUCCUCCUCGCCAGGGAGCUGAUGCCGCUGCUCGAGAGGGCCGCGUCGCUGCGAGGGGAGGCGCGUCUCGUGUCGAUGUCGAGCGCCAGCGCUGCCGGGCCUCCGUCGUUCGAUGCGCGCUUCUUCGCGCAGUCUGGUGGCAGGCUGGGCGGGCCGCCGUGCAGCUACGAGAGGUACCAUUCGAAGAAGAGAAAAGUGUACAAACAUAAACGUUUGUGCAUAAAUCCAAGAAAUCCGCGCGAAGCGCCAACAGUUUGUGUUUAUGUCGUUUUGUGUUCUUCGGCAUCAGAGCAAGCUGGCGAAUCUGCUCUUCACCUGUGCUGCCGACCAGAGGCUGAGGCGCAGGGGCAGCCCCGUGAAGGCGCUGGCGUGCACGCCAGGCGUGUGCGCGACGGACAUGUUCGUGCACGCCAUGUCCAUGAUGCAGCCGGACAGGUCCACCGACUUGUCCGCAGUGGCUUCGGUGGAGGAUGGAUGCCUUGCACAGCUCAAGUGCAUCUGCGACCCCACUGUGCAGUCGGGCGAGUUGUAUGGCCCGCCCUGGGGAGGGGGGUUCCCAGUGAAGGUCGCUAUGGUGCCUCCGAACUACCUUGUAGACGACGACGCGCAAUUGCGGCUGUGGGAGUCUUGCGAGCGCGCAGUAGGAUCGUUCGACCUAUGACUGCUGGGCUCGAUGGGCCUGCGAUCAAACGAGCUCCGAGAGGACAGGCCGAGGACAGAGUGGUCCGAGAACAGCAACAGCCUCUGGUGUUGUAGGCUCCCCGAGAGAAGCGCGGUUGUCAUGCGGGUCAGAUUCAAACCUAGAGGUGGUAGUGGCUUCUGUCAGCGUCAAUCGGAGAGAGCAUGUGUCAGGCUCAGUCAUAUUCCUCUGGGGAGCAGACGGACGCCCCUGAGGAAGACUUUGCGCACGGGGGCCAUGGGGCCCCGAUCACCGUGGUGACGCACAUCCUAUCAUUUUGCCAGAAUGGCCUCGGGGCCAUACCUCGAGCCACGUGAGGCCAACCAGGGCAUCCCUGUCGCCAGUUCCUGUCCGUUGGCGCUGGCAAGAAGCGCCACCAUCAGGACGCCAGAGAUCAACACACAAACAUAACGUGCAGACAG